AUGAAUCUGACUACCAACGACUCUUCUAACUGGAACCUGGGAAUGUUCCCAGCAGACAUUGCUUCCACCAUUGUGAACAGCCAGCUUGCACUUGGCUCUGCAGCAGCGGUAGCAUCCGGCUUAGUCUGGUAUUUGCUUCGGUCCGACGACUCACAGGUGAAACGCAUUCGACCCUUGCCGUUUUUCGGCCAAUGGUCUUUCUUCACAAGACGAUAUGAUUUCAUAGUCGAUGGAUUCAAGAAAUUCCCCCAGGAGAGAUCAUUCGGAUUCGGUAUACUUGGCCAUAAUGUUGUAGCCGUGAGGGGAGAAGAGGCUCGCAAGGCUUUCUUUAGUAGUAGUAGCCUCAACUUUACUGAAGGGUAUCAGCUAUUGUUUGGUGGAGGCCCUUCUACAAAGGACAUUUCUCAAGAUGCAGCGAAGAGGAAUGAUCAAGAGGAGCUUUCCUUCUUCCUGCGUCAUCUAGUUCCUCUACUGAAGAACGAUCGCCUCGCCAAACUCACUCCUGAACUAAUGUCCGACAUCGAGCGUAAUAUGAAGUCGUGGGGUGACGCCGGAAAGUUCGAUCCAUUCGAAGUGAUGUACUCGACUGUGUUCCAGCUGACUAUCCGCGCUGCCGGUGCGCGUGAGAUUGCCGACUCGGUUGAAAAAUGCAAGCAACUGGAGGAGCUCUACUGGAAGGUUGAGAAGGGAAGCACAGCGGCUUCACUCCUGCUUCCUUGGCUUCCGUCGGCGGCCCGAAAACAGAAAGUUGAUUCAACAACAGAAAUAUACACCAUCUUCGACCAGAUUAUCAAGGAUCGUCAACGCGAAGGUCGUCGUGAGGAAGAUGCCCUUCAGACAUUCAUUGACCAAGGGGACUCUAUGGUAGACAUCAUUGGAUUUGUCAUGGGGGUACUUUUCGCUGGCAUUGUCAAUACCGGUCUCAUGAGCGCCUGGAUAUACAUUCACCUCGAUCAGGUUCCUGAGUGGAAAGACAAGGCUGUAGAAGAGAUCCGUGCCCUACUUCACAAGUAUGCGCCGCUCGAAGAGUACUCUGACCUAUCGACAGCUGAGCGAUUCUCGAAGAUUCCGCCACAAGCCUUGGAAGAUGAGAUGCCAGUCUUAGAGACAUGUAUCCGUGAAACAAUUCGAUUGAUUGUUUCCGGGGCGGCCCUUCGUCGAGUUGUAUCUGGAGAUACUGAAAUCGACGGCAAAAAGAUUCCAAAUGGAACGUUCCUGGUUUACUCCAUGGGAGAAACUCACACCAAUACAAACAUUUAUCCAAAUCCAAGCCAGUAUGACCCAGGUCGUUAUGUCGAGGGUCAAGACAAGGCCCAGACAUAUGGCUUCCUUGGAUGGGGUGUUGGGCGCCACCCUUGCGCCGGCCGUCGCUUUGCUCAGUACGAGAUCAAGUCCAUGGUAUCCAUGUUCUUGGCUUCGUACACCUACGAGGUAGUUGACUCUGCCGGCAAGAAGCCAGACCCAUCACUAACUGUUCCAGACAGGAACAACAUGUACCAGGCGCGUCCGAAAGGACAAACGUUCUAUGUGAAGUACACUAAGAGACAACAGCAGCUCUAA